UAAUCUCUCUUUCUGGUUACUUGUGUUCCACAGGCCAUAAUGGGAUGUCUUGAGGGUGAAGAAGGACAUUCAGCAUUCCAGAGAAUCCUGAGUAAAGUAAGAGCUAAGAGCCUGGAUGUUCAGACUGUUGUGUCCCUGUUGUGGCUGUACCAAGAUUCUAAUCCUGCGGUAAAGGCAGCUUUGCUGGGCAGAAAGCCGGAGGAGGUAGCAGCACUGCAGCCAAAAGGGAGCGCCAAGGAGGGAAAGACCUUGUCUGUUCUGUUGCUAGAACACAAAGAGGACCUGAUCCGGUGUGUGACACAGCUGAGACCUAUUGUGGAGUUCCUGGAGACCACCAAGGAGGAAUUCCUGACUGGCCCUGAGAAACGGGUAACUGUGUUGAGCAUCUCUUCCUCCCUUCUGAUUUCAUACAUCCAAGCAAGCCCCACUGAUUAUGGGACUGAGCUGUUGAGACGGUAUCAGGAAAACCUCUCUGAGAUUUUCACGGACAACCAGAUGCUGCUAAAAAUGAUCACUCACAUGAAGAGUUUAGUCCCUGGAGAAAGAGAGGUCAUGGAGAAGCUUUUGAAAUGUGACCCUGGUUCAGGUGGUUUCAGUUCUCUGAUUUCAGCAGCUCUAGAAAAGCAGACUCUCUCUGCAACAGCCAUUUGGCAACUGCUGCUGGCAGCUCAGGAGACAAAGACCUGCUCAUUGAACCUGCUCAUGGAGGAAAUACGAAGGGAGCCUGGUGCCAAUGCUUUCUUCCAGGCAGUGACCACUCGAGAAAGUGCUGCCUUAGAGACCAUCCUGAGGCACCACAAAUUGAUCCUAGAGGCCAUCCAACAAAGGACUGAACUCAGGUGUUUUACCUCAGAGGAAGAGCACCUGGCAGAGACUGUGAAAGAGAUUCUGAGCAUUUCCUCUGAGACCGCCAGUCCUGGGGCUUCCCUGAGAGCAGUGCUGAGCAGAGCCAUGGAAAAAUCUGUCUCGGCCAUUGAAAUAUGUCACCUCUUGUGCCGCACCCACAGAUCUUUCCCAGGCUUGCAGCCUGUCAUGCAGGAGUUAGCACACACUGGUUUCCUUACUCAGGACAAUGGAGAGAAGGAAGAGUGGAAGGUGAGUAAUACAUUUCACCAUGAAGCCAACGACAAAGCAGAUGGAAAAGCAGCCGAGCCCACUGAGGAGGACUGCCGGUCUGGGAAGCAGAGUGAGCAGGGGCAGACCGGCCCCUUGCCAGAACAGCAAGGGAAGGACAUGCCUGCCUCCCCGGACACUGCCAAGAAAAGCUUCAUCUGUAAGGCCUGUGACAAAAGCUUCCAUUUCUACUGCCGCCUCAAGGUGCACAUGAAGCGCUGCCGGGUGGCCAAGAGCAAACAGGUGCAGUGUAAUGAGUGCAGUGAGACCAAGGAUUCUAAGAAAGAGCUGGAGAAACAUCAGCUGGAGGUCCAUGGUGCAGGCGGAGAGCCCAACGUCCCCAAGAAGAAGAAGAAGAGGCUUCCGGUGACGUGUGACCUCUGUGGCAGAGAAUUUGCCCAUGCCUCAGGUACAUUCCAAAGGCAAAUUCUACACUGUGAAGUUUGCUGUCUCUUAACAAAAGCAUGUAUAUUUCCAGGGAAAAUGUAUGCAUGCCAGUACUGCGAUGCCGUGUUUGCCCAGUCCAUUGAGCUCUCCCGCCACGUGAGGACUCACACUGGAGACAAGCCAUAUGUCUGCAGGGACUGUGGCAAAGGCUUCCGGCAAGCCAAUGGCCUCUCCAUCCACCUGCACACGUUUCACAACAUAGAAGAUCCCUAUGACUGCAAGAAAUGCAGGAUGAGCUUCCCCACUCUGCAGGAUCACCGCAAGCACAUCCACGAGGUACACUCCAAGGAGUACCACCCCUGCCCCACGUGCGGGAAGAUCUUCAGUGCCCCUUCCAUGCUGGAGCGGCACAUGGUGACCCAUGUUGGAGGGAAGCCCUUCAGCUGUGGGAUCUGCAACAAGGCCUACCAGCAAUUGUCUGGUUUGUGGUACCACAAUCGGACCCACCACCCUGAUGUAUUUGCUGCUCAGAACCAUCGAUCUUCCAAGUUCGCAUCGCUCCAGUGCAGCUCCUGUGACAAAACCUUUCCCAACACUAUUGAACACAAGAAGCACAUCAAAGCAGAGCAUGCAGAUAUGAAGUUCCAUGAAUGCGACCAGUGUAAGGAGCUCUUCCCCACACCAGCUUUGCUGCAGGUUCACAUCAAGUGCCAGCAUUCAGGGUCGCAGCCGUUCAGGUGCUUGUACUGCGUGGCCACCUUCCGCUUCCCCGGAGCCCUGCAGCACCACGUCAGCACGGAGCACUUCAGGCAGUCAGAGAACACCUUCCCCUGUGAGCUCUGUGGUGAGCUCUUCACCUCCCAGGCCCAGCUGGAUGGUCACCUGGAAUCUGAACACCCAAAGGUGACAGGCACUGAUGCCCCAGCAGCAGCCUCACCGAUGGCGCAGGUGAUCCAAACCCCAGAGCCAGCGGCCCCAACAGAGCAGGUGAUCACUUUGGAGGAGACCCAGCUUGCUGGGUCACAGGUGUUUGUGACAUUGCCUGAUUCUCAGACAUCUCAGACCAGCUCGGAGCUCGUGGCGGUGACUGUGGAGGAUUUGCUGGAUGGCACCGUGACCCUGAUCUGUGGUGAGGCCAAGUGAGUGGCUCCUCGUCCAGUGGAGGGCCGAGAGAACAUAGCUUGGCCUCUCCCCUCCAUCCCAACUGUCCUGAGUGGUUAGCAUCUUAGCCUAGCACAGCCCAAACGGCUGCACUGAGAAGCAUCAUUGUUCUCAUAGAACCAACAGUGUCUGAGUCAGUGAUGCCAACUCCAUUGCCCUCCAAGGAGGCAGACCUGCAUCCCCACGGGCCUGCUGCUGUGGCUUCGGGGACCCUGUGCAUCCCCAAGUCCAGUGUACCUCCUGACAGUCUGAAGGAGCAGUGGGCUGGGGGCUGGUGACGGCCAGCCAGAGAAGUACGACAUGCUGGCAGCCGCAGGGUGCAGAGUGGCAGUUAGAUAGGGAUUACAGAUGCUGCCGGUGACUUCUGGCCCCUGGAAAACCUGAGGAAAGUGCCAGCAGACCAUCCAGAGACCCCCAGCCUCAAGCACACUUGGCCCCUUCCUCACUCUAUCAUCGCCACAACCGCUUGGGUCGCCCAGCCCCCUUCACAGUGGCAGUAGGGCAGGUGGCAGCGUGGUCACACAGGAGGCCUCAUUUCCGUGCCCAGUCCCACCAUGUCAGUAGUCAGACCUGCCCAAAAUGCCGCCAUUGGAAGGUUUCUGCUGGAAGUGUUCAGUGUGAGGCUGCCCAGCCCCAAAGAACAGCCUCUACCUUUCCGGGAUAUUCUCCAUGGUGGUCUGUACCCGAAGGCUUGUUCCUGAGCCUUUCCAUGUUACCCUCAUCACCUCUCUCAUCAAAAGCCUAAAACUUCUCCAUGACCUGGAGGCCUUGCCCCUCCCUCUGGCGCAGGUGAUGCAGCCAGGGGACCAGCGCGGGGCUGGCGGCGCCGCGGUUGCCCCUGGCUCUUCCUCACGCCAGGUUCUUCCAUGCCUUGCGAGUGGCCUCUUGUCUGAGCUCUGCCAAGCUGCCACUGUUCCUGCAGGUUAGUGAUCCUUUAGAGCCUGAAUUUCUUAAAGCUUUUUUAUCUUCAGUUCCUAAAAUAUAAUCUGAUAAUUAAUGGUUUGUGGAAUCCAUUAUGAAGUGCAAUUAGAUGGAUGUAGGUUCCCGCCCUUUGGAGGGAAAUGACUAGAAUUUAUCUUCCUUUCCUGGAUGCCAGAAAGUUGAAGUCUGCUGGUGCCAUGUUUACACAGCAAGCAGGGCUCCCUGCCACACUGUGUGGCUUUGCCCACACGGAGGGUGGUGCCCGUUUGGUCACCUGCCCUCAAGCUACAGGCAAGCCCACCCCUUCUCUCCGAGCUCAUUUCACAUAACCAGGUAAGGAGGGUGGGAGUCGCUCAUGGACACGGUCGGGGCCCUUACUGUCACACUGCUGAAAGGCCAUGCUUGCUGGCUGGCCGUGUGCUUUGUGCAGGUAGGAGUUCUGUUGUGGGCCAGCUCCCCUCAGGCACUACUCGGUGCCGGCAUUUUAAUAUGCAAAUUGCUUGAGCUUGUCUGCUCAGGGAUCUUCUCAUUCUGAAGUAAAUGAAGUUUUCAAAGGCAAGUGGACCUCAGAAGCCAAAAACUGACCAGAAGAUGGUGCUCAAACCUUUAAGAACACCCAAGCGCACCGUCCCUUGGCUGCCAAGGCUCUCUCUGCUUCUUAAGGUUUUUCAGUGCUGUGAGCUGUCAGACCCAAGAGCUCUUGGUCUACAAGUGGUGAAGUGACACUGAAUCUCCCCUUAGGCACCAGAUAAAACCCACUGGAAGAGAAUGGAGUGGCCCAUGCUUACAAGGGGGAGUCCCAGCCCUCACAAGCCAUGGGCUGUGGUUGGAAAUUGCAGUGUCAUCAAAACUUCUUCCAGCCAAAAAGCAAAAUAAAAAAUUAAUUGCUGAGGGCCUGUAGGAGAAGGUGAUUUUUCUUUUUAAAGAGUCUCUAAAAAAAAAGUCUAAUUUUUAAAGAGUCUUUUUAAAGAGCAAACAGAGAAUUUGGACUUGCUGUGAUAAAUGCUCUAAGCCUUUGACACACUCGCCCCGAGGCAUGAACCUUGUACUGGUCAAGAAUGAGAAAAGGUCUAUCCUGAAUUUAGUCUUUAAGUGGCCCUCUCUGCAAGAUGCUGCAUUGGCAGUGAAUUUUACAGUGUCACUCCCUAGAGAUGCCCAAGCUGGAUUUUAUUGCUAGUACCCUGGCCAUUUUACUCCUUCUCCCCCUUCUGCCCAGGAGACCUUCUGAACUGCUGCCGCAGAGGAUGUUACACGGUCUCCUCCAUCUCCAUCACUCGCUCUCAUUUUGGCCGUGGUGUUCUCUUUGCCUCUCUGCCAUGGGUGCUGUCCUGGUGGCCUCCGGGCUGACCUCUGGAGCAUUCACUGUGCUGUGGAGUCUGUGGGCUUCUUGGAACACUUGAAUUUGUUCAGUGGGACGCCAAGUCUUCUCUGCCCCCACAGCUCAUACACAGCUGGUGAGGAGGGAAACACAGAGUCUAGGCAGGAGUUCAAUUCUGUGGGAGUAAUGGGGUCACCUGAGGAGCAGGGUUUUCCCAUCCCAGGGAAGUGAGAAGACAGCACGUAGAUGAUUCGAGAGCAAAGAUUACCAUAGGAAGAUGGGGCUGUCCACGUAUGUGAGCAGAUCCUGGGACCGGGGGGCAGCAAAGGGGCAGAGACAAAGGUGUUCACUCGUUUAUUCAGUAAAGCCUCUCUCAUGUCUCAAAAGCUUUAUGUUUAGAAAACAAUCCAGUGAGCACCAAGGUCUGCCUUUCAAAUACUGCUCCUUGGUGAUGCCAGUCCUCUGUGAGGAAGUGUUCUGACGCUCCUCUCCCACCAGCCAUGGGACACCAACCAGCCUCCUCCUCCAGGGAGGAACUCUGACAGUCCAGGAGGCUGAGGGGUGAUAUGAGAGCCAGUCUGAUUGGAGGAAUGGAAUGACAAAGCCCCUGUUCUGUCUUAUGGUCUAAACCAGGUAUCCUCCCAGAAUUUAGCAGAAAGAUGAGAUGGGCCCUAAAAGUUUCUCUCCGCAGCUGAUGCUGCGGUCGCCACAGGCUGAUGGCAUAUACGAUGGGAGGGCUGUGCCUUUAAAUCCCAUGUGCCUGGGAUCUAUGAACUAAGGGAUGGAGGAAAUUGCCAACCUUACAGAGAAUGGUUCUAGGGAAUAGGCAAUGUUUCUAUUAAGUUGAGGCUAGAAAGUUGAACAGUGAUGGAGAGAAUGCUGGGAUGCUUUAAUCAGUCCUCCCAGUGGAAGGAUUCAGACCCCAGCACUGGUCUGCUUUGCCCAGUGUAUCCCCGCGACACUUGGGAGGUAGGGAGAAAAUGGAAUAAAAGGAAGAUGGGGGUUGAAGGGAGUAUUGACAGUAAGUUGAGAAUUGUGUUGAUGCCAUGGAAAAUCUUGGGGCUGGUAGGACUUGGGCCAGAAGCUUGGAAGCACAGCCAGAGCACAGAAACUUGCUACACCUACAACAGGUUACAGGGAAGGGAGAAGCUGUCUGUGCUCAGGGGAUUACAUUGCUGAGAAAGAAAAUAUCCCCCAGGCUAAUCAGUGACUGCCGCCAAAUCGUUCCUUGUCCUUCUAAGGCCAGCCCUACCAGCUGCCACUGUGGGCAGGACAGCCACCAGCAUGUGAUGCUGUAUCAGUCAGAUGACAAACCAUUAUCCAUUUCGAACUUGCACUAUUCUGUAUAAAUAAAGUAUGUACUUUGAAAAAA